AUGAACUUCUUAGCUAAGCUGUCUAUGAAGAAGCAGAUUGUGUCGAGACCAGCCAUGAACAUGCUUCAUAUGAUGAAUUGUCGUACUUUCUAUUAUCCAAGCAACUACCCACACUUGCAGCAAGAGCCACACCUUAUCGCUAAGAGAGUGAUCAAGUGAUGUGGAGAGAGACUCAGAGAGGUCGAUAGAUAUAGAUGGGAUGGAAUUCCAAUCACCUUCAAAACAAACUGGAAAACUGAAAACGAUGAGAUCUGUGUUAGAACCUGCAUUUUCAUUCAUGAUGCAAUUGAGAGAGAAUUCUGUAUCGAUAUUGAUGAUAAGAAAAUUUUGCUUUGUAGUAUUGAGGAAGCCUUUGCCUUCAUUAUGGACGAGCAUAAUGCAGUAUAAAUCGUUAAAAUAUUUUCUAACCCCC